GUGAAUGGUAUUGAUUCUCCAAAGCUUUGUGCCAUAACAUGGGAAUCCUGCAUCAAGAACUGAACCUGAAAUGCCUGCUGCUGCUGCUCAUCUUAAACUUGUGCACUCUAAACGUCUCAGAAGAGACACAGACACUCGAGAGUGAAGCUCUUGCUCUGUAUAGCAUAUCUAGUUAUUGGCAGAACAAACCAACAAGCUGGGUAGGUUCAGAUCCUUGUGGUAAUAACUGGGUUGGACUCAACUGUUCUAAUCGUCACAUCAUUAAAAUAAUUCUUCCUGGCUUAAACAUCAGCGGGACGCUCUCUGAAGACAUCCAGAAUUUGACUGAGUUGGUAAUCUUGGAUCUGUCUUCCAAUAAAGGUUUGGGUGGGCCAAUUCCAAGAACCAUUGGGAACCUGGUGAAGCUUCAAAGAUUGAUCCUUACUGGUUGCAGAUUCACUGGUUCCAUUCCACCAGAGUUAGGCAUGUUGGCAAGCCUCAGAUUUCUAUCAGUGGGCUCUAACCGGUUGAACGGAUCGAUUCCUAGCGAGAUAGGCAAUCUGACAUUGCUGGUCUGGUUUGACAUCACAAGGAAUAAGAUAUCUGGUUCACUCCCUAUUUCCGAUGGCACAAACUUGGGCCUGGAUUUGUUGACUAAGUGCCAGCACUUCCAUUUUGGAAGGAACAAUUUAUCGGGGUCCAUUCCAGCCGAACUGUUCCACUCUGAGAUGGUUCUGAAGCAUAUGCUGUUUGAUCACAAUCAAUUCACAGGCAGCAUUCCUCCAACGCUAGGACUUGUCACUACCAUAAAGGCUUUGCGCCUUGACAGAAACGGACUUAGUGGAGCAGUUCCUUCCAACCUCAAUAACCUUACGAUCCUUGGCGAACUGCAAAUAAAUGACAAUCAGCUGAGUGGCUCCUUGCCAAACCUAACAGGAAUGAAUGCCCUCGCCUAUGUGGACAUGAGCAACAACUCAUUUGAUCAAUCUGAUAUUCCACCUUGGUUCUCAACCUUGAUGAACUUGACUACUUUGAAAUUGAAUAACUUACAGAUAUCAGGAGUUCUACCGACAUCUUUGUUCAGCAUUCCGUCAUUGCAGGCAGUGCAUCUGCGGCACAACCUGAUCAAUGGCACACUUGACCUGGGCAGUGCGCCGAGCACAAACCUUACUCUUGUUGAUGUGCGGGAAAACAGAAUUCAAACUAUGGCUAAUGUGCCAAACCGAGGCAACCUAAACAUUCAACUUGACGGAAACUUUUACUGCAAUCAGCCAGGAGCUUCAGCACAGUACUGCAAUGUACCACCGCCACCAAAUCCCAGUAGUUACGUCACUCCGUCGCCAAAUUGUGGAAACCUCGUUUGCCCUUCGGAUCAGAAAGAGAGCCCAAAAUGCUCUUGCUCAUAUCCCUUUGAAGGAACACUUGUUUUUAAAUUUAUAGCCUUCUCCAACAUGUACACUAACUUCACAUACUACACUUUAUUAGAGGUUGGUCUUAUCAAGAUCUUUCAGCAGUUCCAGCUUCCUGCUAUUCCAAUCCUCCAAGACCCCAGAAUGGAUGAGUACGAUUACUUCGACAUUGAUUUGUCGAUCUUUCCGUCGAAUACGGAUCGCUUUAGCCAAGCCGAGGUUGCUCAACUUACCAACCUAUUCACCAACACGACUUUCUCGCAACCUGAUCCUUACGGACCUUAUUAUCUUGAAGCAGUACCUUAUCCAACUUUUCACGAAGCAGUUUCCAAAUCGAAUAGAGUUCCUGCAAUUGUAGGAGGGGUAAUAGGAGGGUUUGCUGCUGCUGCUUUGAUCGUCGGUCUGUUAAUUUUCGCCCUUUGCCAGAGAAGAAAGGCUCGAAAGGCCAAAGAAUUAUCUCAAGGUUUUGCAGGUGUAUGGACCACAAGUGGAAGUGGCAGUGAUAUUCCUCAGCUGAAAGGUUCAAGAUUGUUCACUUUUGAAGAACUAAAGAAGUGCACCAACAACUUCGCAGAAUCCAGCAUUCUUGGGAGUGGCGGCUAUGGAAGAGUUUACAGAGGAUUGCUGGAUCAGGGGAAACUAGUUGCAGUGAAAAGAGCUCAGGAGGGAUCUUUGCAGGGUGGUCAGGAAUUCAAAACUGAGAUCGAGAUGCUGAGCAGGGUUCACCACAGGAACCUUGUCAGUCUCGUCGGCUUCUGCUUGGAUCAAAAUGAACAAAUAUUAGUGUACGAAUACAUUCCUAAUGGCACAUUAAGAGAUAGUCUCUCAGGGAAAUCUGGAGUCUACCUGGAUUGGAAGAAAAGGCUGAGAGUAGCACUUGGUGCAGCCAGAGGACUGACUUACCUGCAUGAGCUUGCGAACCCCAGAAUCAUCCAUAGAGAUGUCAAGUCCAACAACAUCCUCCUCGACCACCAUCUCCAUGCGAAGGUCUCAGACUUUGGGCUUUGCAAGCCACUGAGCGAUGACAAGAAAGGCUGCGUUACCACACAAGUCAAAGGAACAAUGGGAUAUCUUGAUCCUGAAUACUACACGACUCAGCACUUGACGGAGAAGAGCGACGUCUACAGCUUCGGCGUUGUGCUUUUGGAAAUUGUCACUGCCCGGAAACCGCUUGAGCGAGGGCGAUACGUCGUGAGGGAGGUAAGGAAUGCCAUCGGCAGGUCUAGAGACCUGCAAGGCUUGAAUGAGCUUCUUGAUCCUGGCAUUUGCCAUAACGGCUCAUUGACAGGGGUCAAGAGGUACAUUGACUUGGCCUUAAAAUGUGUGGAGGAAUCAAGCUCAGAGAGGCCAUGUAUGAGCGAGGUGGCUAAGGAGAUUGAGAACAUAAUGGUUUUGGCUGGCAUGAACCCUAACAUUGCAUCAGAAACUACUUCUGCGAGCUUUGGAGCAGCCAACAAGAACUUCAACAGUGAUGAUGAUGCUUCCUUCGAGUACAGUGGUGAACCAUAUUCUCUAAGAACAGUCCUGCCCAAGUGAAAUGAAAUGUGCAACUCAGAUCAGCUUGUUUAAGAAGUUGAGUUGUGUAAUGUAUUUUAUAUGAACUUCGCUAUUUGUAAACUGAAGUUAAUUAUGCAUGUACAGUUACAGCUACAACAAAUUCUGCAACUUUCAAAGAUCGAUUCAUUAUUGUACACCACAUAAUCUUAA